AUGGCUCGUCCGGCCGCACAUGCUUUGCUCACUACGGUCUUUGCACGUGCGAUUAGUGCCAGUUUGGAAUUCGUCAGUCCACAACCUUACAAUCCAGACGACAACCUUAGCGACUUUCGAACAUACAAGAAAGGUCAAAGUAUGAUGGUAUUAUGGUCUGGAGGCGACCCAUUGGAGAAUGUGUCGAUAUCACUUGUUCAACAAGACUUUCAUAACUUAGUGUAUCCAGAAGCGCUGCGGGUGAACUUGGCAGGUGUGUCAGGAUUUGAAUGGGUCGUAGACACGGACAGAAAUCUUACAGAUUCGAACUUAUUCUCACUCGCUAUUACUGAAGGAAGAACUCAGAGCUCAGCCAGCCAAUACUUUUUUAUCGAGGAGGAUUCUGGUGAAGGGAGCGAUUCUGACUUGUCGUCGUCUUCGGCGAUAUCUCCUUCAACAACGUCAAACGGCGCAUCAACUGCAACAAGGACGGCAGCCUCAAACUCAGCAUUCGAGUCAACACUAGAAUCGACGUGGAUCUCAACACUAUACGAAACAGUGUCGACAUUACACAAGACACAGUCCACGACGAGAAUUGCAAUAUCAACAAGCUCAGAUUUGCCGACCAUUGAAACAAACGGACCUAACCUCCCCACCGAAUGGAUCACAAACAACGGCUUUCCGCUAGGAGCGAAGCUCAGCCUCGGCAUAGGGAUACCCGUAGCCAUUGUCCUCGGGCUUUCAGCUGGAUGGUUGAUCUUCCGUCGUCAAAAGAGAGAUAUUGCGGCGCACCAGCUACCUACUAGCGCGAAUGAACAACUUGAGCCCGAAAGAGGUCAUCACAAUUGUAGCAUAGACAGGCAUGAAGCGCCAGAUCUAGAUCUUCACGAGGCGGCAGCUACUCAUGUCCACGAAGCACCCCCAAACCAACUCCUAGAGAUAGGACAGUCAGAAGAGCAUGAUUCUACGCUUGAGUCGGUACGGUAUGAGAUGGAUGCCGGCUCUCCCAUUGAAGCUUACAACCAAAAUGUCAACCAAGGCAGAUAG